UCUGGGCCCUGCUGCCAUGAAUUCCUUCUUGCUCUCCGCACUGUGCCUCUUUGGGGUCUGCGCAGCCCUGGCAGGGGCCGUGACCGUGCAGGACGGGGAGUUUUCCUUUCCUCUAGAGUCCGUGAAGAAGCUCAAGGGCCUCCAGGCUGCCCAGGAGCCCGGCAUCUGGAACCCCAAGCACGUUAAGGGCCUCAUGGUUCCCCCGCUCUGUGAAAACCCCAAGUUCCCCGAGGAGCUCCGACCCGUGUGCAAAGAGCCCAACGCUGCGCAGAUUCUCGACCGCCUGGUGGCCAUCGCCGAGGAACCGAGCACAUGUGAGAUCUGCACCUUCGCUGCCUGUGCGGGAUGCUAGACUCACCCCACUCCCAUCAGCUCCACAUCCG